AUGCCCGACUCACAACGACCAGGCCAGCUUCGAGAUCUGCAGGUGAACAAUCAUCCUUCGAGCCUCAGACAUAUGUCUCCACCUUCCUCCGAACGAAUUGCGGACCAGCAGAAGCUGCAUGGCUGCUCCGUUCAGGAUGACUACGAUUUCGGUGGACAUGUCCUUCUCACGCCGCCUCCACAGCCGGACUACGUCAAUCCGCUCGACAAGUUGGCCAUGGCCUCGUCGCCGAUCAACAUCGGCGGCAACAAUCAGAAUGGCAAGAGCGAAGAGGCCCAACACUGGAGUCAUUCCAGUCGGCGCGAGAAUACAGCUUCCUCCACGACGUCCUCGAGAGAUGCAGCUACCCUGCUGAAUGGACUGCACAUCCGAACAGAUGUUGGCGCCGUACGUCGGCAGGGAUCUGAUCAGUCCAUGGGCUCCGAGUACCUUCUGCGAACGAGCGCCUCGCAAGCCAGUCUACCUCGUCGAGCACCGAGUAUACGAGCAGCACUACAUUCAACGGCAGGCUCGCUUUCGCCUGGGUCCGUCAUCGGCUCGCCGCAGAUAGCAGCCAUGCUGGACAUAACGCCGCUACCGUCGCCGACCAUGAGCGCUUUCGAGUCGUGGAAGCAUGUGGCAAGAACAAGAUCAAGAGGUUCAUCUAUAUCCUCCAGGUCCGAUCUGCCACCGUCAGUCUUCCCACCACUGUCCUCCUCUCCGAGCUCUCCCCGUAGGAAAGGCUAUCCCAGCUUGCACACAUCUCGACAAUCGAUCGACGAAGACGACCGAGACGAUCACGCGCGAAACCGCAGCAUUAGUGAGUACGUGCCGGAAGCCAUAGCAUUCCCAAAGACCAAGAACAUAUCGGUGUCUGGCAGUGGGCCGCCGAUCGAGGUAAGCUCUCCCAAGACUGCGCUGCAUCGAGAGGAAUACCUAGGAGAGACGCGAGGACUGGUCACACCGACGGUCCCUCACCAUCCACCGUCAAUUAGGCAUGACGCGACACAUGAUGAGGAGCCGUCGCCCAAAAGACAGAAAAGGGAAGUUUUCGUUGCGAGCAGUGUCUACUCUGAUCAGCCGCGAUCGUAUGAAGCAAUCCAAGAACUGGGCACCGGGACGUUCAGUAAAGUAUGGCUAGCGGUGCGCAAAAUGCCAGAGCGACGAGAUACAAUCGACUACACAGCUGAUAGCGUCAAUCUGGCUGGCGUGAAAGCAAGAUCACGGCGGCUGGUGGCAGUUAAAGUGGUUGAGCAUGGCCCUGCUGGUGGUGCAGACGCGGAACGUGUCGAAACAUCGUUGAAGCGCGAAGUGGAGCUGUUGAAAGCGGUCAAGCACCCGUCAUUGGUGCACCUGAAGGCGUUUGGCACCGACGGCACUCUUCGUGCUCUUCUUGUCAUGAACUACUGCCCUGGGGGCGAUCUGUUCGAAGUCGCAAGCACGAAGCUCGAGGUUCUCACACCACCCCUUGUGCGGAGGAUAUUUGCAGAGCUAGUCUCGGCCGUGCGGUACCUUCAUCAGAAGUACAUCGUUCACCGAGACAUCAAGCUUGAGAAUGUCCUCCUGAACAUACCACUUCACGUGCACAAAGACGUUCCGGACUGGCAAACCCUCGAUCGAGCAGUGAUUACGCUGACAGACCUGGGUUUGUCAAGGCGAAUACCCGAACCACCGGAAAGUCCACUCCUCACCACUCGCUGCGGCAGCGAAGACUACGCGGCGCCCGAAAUACUGAUGGGCCAGCCCUACGACGGACGACAGACCGAUGCGUGGGCGCUUGGGGUGCUGUUGUACUCACUCAUGGAGGGCCGCCUGCCCUUCGACCCUGUUCCUGGAGCCAGGGGCGACCCAGCCAUCCUACGAGCCCGGACACCUCACCGGAUUGCCCGCAUCGAGUGGUCUUGGGUGCGGUACGGUGAUGAGGAUGGAGAUUGGGAUGCGGAGAAGGGGAAAGACUUGCAAGGAGCUUUCAGUGUGUUGAUAGCUUGUUGA